AUGUUCUGGCCGUUUUUGGUCGUCAUUGUUUUGAGGACAUUGACUUUUAUUGAGUGUUGGAGCAAUGGGCAUGCUGUUGGUGAGUUUGGGUUAUCGGGCAAGGCCCCCUUUGCUGACGGCUUUGGAGAUAACGGAAAAAUUAUAUAUAAUAUGAAUACACAUGUUUGAACACCAGGACUCCUAUUUUUUACGUCUAAUUCAUCCUUGCUAACAAGACCUCCUGCAAUAAGCCUCUCGGCCUCCGCAUCACAGUACAAUGGCUUCAUUUCAGCCUCGGCGGUCUUCUUUUUCCACUGUGACCCGAAACUAAGACUAAUCGAAGUGUGCCGACUCUCCGUCAUGGCCGCUUACUACAUUGGGAAUGCAAAUAUUGCAAUCGAGCGCCAUUUGGCAACAAAGUUGUUCGACCAGUACGAAUAUACAGAGCUGACAUGGACACUUCCGUUGAAUCUGUUCAUUCAACUAUGUGCUGCUUGUGUUUCGUUUUUCCUCUUUUAUUACGGUGGGUUUCGAAGACGGAGUUUUUCGGAAGGGCUGACAAUUCACCAAAAUGAUAUGUUUUUAGUCAACAUCAACAUUGCGUAUCCAACCUUUGGCGUGUGGCUUUAUGGGAUGGUCGUCGUCUUUGUAAGUUGAACGUUAUUAAUCCUUAUUUAUUGGAAAGCUUCUCGCUUAAUUUUAAGUUUCUAAGACGUAAUAAGAAAGUUUUGGUACAGAAAUUUGCUUUCUGACCUUCAACUUCAAAAAAGAUGAUUUGGGCCAAAAGGAAGAUCAAACCCAUGAGGCGUCCGCGUUCUUGAUUACCAGACUACGGCACUAGCCACUCGGCCACACCAUUCCUUGCCGAAGGAAGGGACCGACGCGUUUUUUAUCGUUUGAAUGCCAGCGCCUUUUUUAGGGAAAUUUAGUUAGUUUUUGGGCAUUUUCGACCCUUAAACCCAAGAUUGGGCAUCAAAGUUUUAUAUAUACACUCAUGAUCAGCACAUUUUUUUUUUGAUAAUAAGAGCCUCUAAAAUUUUGUGAAAUUGAAAUGCGGCCCGGAAAUAACUUGUGUGUAAAAAUUAAAAACAAAUAAUAUACCAGCGUCGCACAUCGAACCCUUGAGCAGCGAUGUACAACAUUUAUAUACGUCAACAUUUCUGUUUUCUUUCAGGUUUUCGUCUACUGUUUGAGAAAGAACGUGCGAUUGUACGAAAAUUUUGACAAUGUCACAGCAUACAAACUCACCACCAGAUAUCAGCUUUCGGAGAACGUGCGCUCUCUUCGAACCAUGCUUGUUGGAGCCUCUGUCUGUACAAUAAUGGAUACGGUCGGAUGCGCUGUAUUGAUCACUGCGAACGCUACAGUCGACGACCGCACACGGAGAGUAUACUUGAUCUGUUUCAAUAUGAUCAUCCCGUUUUAUGCAUUUUCGUUUGUGGCCUUGUGCAUGUUGAGCAACCAUGUUUAUCGGCGGAAAAUUCGAAGGUAAGGCUAGAAAUAUGAUGGGGUUGAAGGUGCUCAAAAUGCAACCUUCCAAUUUUGACCGAUUAGGCAAAGAUUUUGGUUAGAAUUAGCUAAUCCACCGGCGAGAAUUUUACCCCGCGCUUUUCAAAAACCAACCACAUUUUUACGCCGAAAUUUACAAAGAGUGUGUACUUGAACUCCGACCAGGCAUGGACGAUACUUGGCAUGAAUGAAUAUAGAUGUUUUUAAGGAAUAUGUAUGCAGCACGUGCUAAGCAAAAACCACCAAGCGAAAAUGAAAAAAAUCAGUUUUUUUUUGAGAGUCGUUUCACGUACCGCAAAGCAACCCUUGCAAAGCGUGCGCUAAAACAUUAAACGAUUGAAAAGUGAAGUAUGCAAAGCAUUGUUGCCAAGUUUGAAGAAAAUCGAACGACGCAAAUUGGUACUUUCCAAUAAAAAUAAUAAAAAUCUUUCAGGAUGACUCGUGCCAUAAUUGGAGUGGUCUGUUUCAUCAGGAAAGUCGAACCGCUCCCAUCUCCCAAACGACCGGUUCGAUCGCUGGUUGGUGCCAAAAUCGAGUUUGCACAGUCCGAGGAGAAGGAUAUCUACUUCUCCCAACUGCGCUCGUCAUGGGAAGACCUUGAACCCAAUAAACUUUGCUCCAGGCGAUAA